AUCAACACGAUGGCACACAUUCUCAGUCAAUUCACAGAGUCGGCUAAACGUCUGAUUGUUUUCCUGUGGCCCAGCUCUUGAGCGUUUCCAGAACUUCCCUUUAAGGGUGUGGGUCUAGCGGACUUAAACCAAUGGUGUGACUCGGCUUUCUGUGGGGGAAAAACGGCGACAUGCGAGGCAGUGGGUCUUUAAAGGAGCUGCUCUGCCCCUGUUCUCAAACUCAAUCUCGCAGGACUUGUUAGCGUAUCACGUGCCAGACUCUUAAUGAAGUGGACACACUGUUGGGCCCGGUGUGCGCAUGCGCUCGGUGUAAAAUGUAGUUGGAAAUGAGGUGUCCGUCUUGGAGUAGUCGACUUUUAAAAAGCAUCGGCAGCCCGUGAUAUGACGACUUCGCUGGUUCUGCAUCCACGCUGGGCGGACACCUUGAUGUACGUUUAUGAAAAAAGCCCGAAUGAAAGCAGCCAGAAUAAAAGCCAAACAAUGGAGGGACUGAGCGGUAAUUGCCCUGCGACCCACUGCAGGGACCUGAUGUCGCACCCUGCGCUGGGACGGCAUUCUGGCUCCAUAGCGACCCACCAGGGCUCCGUCUACUCGGAUAUUUCCUCUCCGGAAAGCGGUCGGCAGUGCCCCGCUCCCCAAACGUCUUCGAGCGCGUCUCUCAGCUACGGCUACCCCUUCGGAAACCCAUAUUACGGCUGUAGAUUAUCCCACUCGCACAACGUGAACUUGCAGCAGAAGCCCUGCUCGUACCACCCCGCGGAGAAAUACGCCGAACCCAGUACGGCUCUCCCCACGGAAGAACUGUCUACCAGGCCGAAAGAGUUUGCUUUCUACCCGAGUUUCGCCAGCUCGUACCAGGCCGUCCCAGGAUAUCUGGACGUGUCGGUGGUGCCUGGAAUCAGCGCCCAUCCUGAGCCGCGACACGACGCCCUAAUCCCCAUGGAGGGCUACCAGCACUGGGCUCUCUCCAAUGGCUGGGAUGGACAGGUGUACUGCUCUAAAGAGCAAACGCAGUCAACCCAUCUCUGGAAAUCACCUUUCCCAGACGUCGUGCCCCUGCAGCCCGAGGUCAGCAGUUACCGUCGCGGGCGCAAAAAGCGCGUCCCUUACACCAAGAUCCAGCUCAAGGAGCUGGAGAAGGAGUACGCGGCCAGCAAGUUCAUCACCAAAGACAAGAGAAGGCGCAUCUCGGCCGCCACCAACCUCUCGGAGCGCCAGGUCACCAUCUGGUUCCAGAACCGGCGGGUCAAGGAGAAAAAAUUCGUCAGCAAAUCCAAGAACAAUCACAUCCACACCACUUGAUACAGACAGGGCUGCACCUCGAAUCUUCCGAAAACAACACGGCAUCUGUUUACCUCUCGCAUCGAAAGAUCUUGACCGAAGAACAUCAUAUAUUUUUCUGUUGUUGUUUUGGUCGAGUGUGUUUUAAAUUUCUAAUUUAAGUUCCAACAUCAGCCAACACCGCCGACCACGUCUACAGCCUCCCCUCCAGUUCUCAGUUUAGAGAUAAUCCUCUAAAAACUGUGAAAAUGUUGAAAGUUCACUUCGAUUUUGUUUUAUAGGAAUGUACAUAUAUAAAUAUAUAAUAUUUAAAACGCUAUCUGUAUUUCAAAGACAAGUAUUGCGUGUUUUUUUCUUCUUCUUCUUCUUCUUCUUCUACUUCAAGCCUGCAUCUUUAAACGGACUGACGACGUCUCAAAGUACUUGCAACGGGGGAGAUCAAAAUCAAAGGAAACUGUUGUGAUUUUAGAGAGGAUGAUCGCCAUAUGGACAGCAUAAGUCGAACUUUCGACUUUAAUCAGUUUCUACAACUGACAUUGAAGACUUUCAGCAGAAAGAAUAAUUAAAAAAAAAAAGGAAGAAAAAAAAUCAUCCGAAUUUCAAAAGCAAUGUUCCCACAUGUGGGAUGUGUUCUGUAAAGCCUGGGCUAAAACAUAGGCUGCUAUGUUGUUAAUCUGUAUAGUGCAAUGCCGCCAUUAUUUAAUUCAUAUUAUCUAGUACCGGAGUAUCAUAAACCUGUAUGUUUUCCUUUAUCAGUGAAGGACUCUGUCAUGCAACUGGAAUGAUUGUAAACCAUUAAAGUGAGUAUUACAUAUAAAUGCACAAUCGUUUUAUUUUGUUAUGACCUUGUUCAGUGUAACGGUGGCGCUAUGAUCACACGUCGUGUAUACGAAGCCUGUAUCGUUUCUACUUUGGUGCAGUAUGUGAACUGUAAUGUGGUGUUGAAUUGCGUUCUGGUAACCGUGUUUCAUAAAUAAAUGAUGAUUAUGAAAA